AUGGAAAUUUCACAUGAUCAGUUGGACUCAGAUGAAAGUAUUGCAGAAAGAUUAUGUGCUAGAUAUCUGGAGAGUGAAGAAAAGAACCAACAGUUCUUUGCACCUGAAGAAGGAUCAAAGGCUUUUGACUAUUUUCAGAAGGUUGUGAAUGCAACUCAGACGUGGUUCAGUCUCUUUGGCUGGCCAGAAGGACCCCAUUCUCUUUCUAUUCCUGAGACAAUAAGAAGGGAUGUGCAGAAAAUACAAUUCUAUUCAUCAUCCUCACCACCCAAGAAAUUUUCCAGACAGUAUGAUUUUUCCAAAUAUAAUAAGACAAUUUAUGAUGUGAUACUUCACUUGAGUGGAAAACUGCCACCUGGAAUUAACUCAAACCAGUCCUUACCCGUGGAUAACGUUGAAAGGGUGAUACAACUCCAUUCACAGCAUGCCUCACUUCUAGAUUUUAUCACUGCUCAAGGUGGAUGCAUUUCUCAUGUCCUGCCAGAAUUUUUGCUUGAACCAAGAGAUUAUAAGAAGUGGCUGGAAAUUACAACAUCCACUAAGAACACGGCUCUCUCUACACUUAAGAGAAACUAUUCUGUUAGUAUAGAUAUGGAUAAUUUUGAAGCCUGGAGUAAACGGGCGUGGACAGAUGUAUUUCUUCAGAUAUACAAGGUAAAUUAA